GUGCGAGGCUGUCCUGGAGACCCCGCGCUGCCUGCACCUCUAACGUCUCGGUUGUCAUGGAUGAUGAGGACGGCAGGUGCCUUCUAGAUGUAAUUUGUGACCCAGAAGCUCUAAAUGACUUUCUUCAUGGAUCUGAGACCCAUUUGGACACUGACGACCUUUUGGAUGGUACGAGUGACCCCUCCAGCUCGUUCUUCUCUGCCACUGGGGGCCAUGUUUCAGAGGUCCAGCCCGUGGUUCAGCUGCCAGUCAGCGAGUCGGCCGGCCUCCCCAGAGUCAGCGUGGACUUGGACUUCCUGGAGGACGAUGACAUUCUGGGCGGCUCACCGGGCGGAGACGGCGACAGCAAUGGCAUUGGAACAAACCACGAGACGUGCGACAUCCUGCAGCAGAGCCUGGCGGAGGCCAACAUCACUGAGCAGAGCCUGCAGGAAGCCGGGUCCGAGCUGGACCUGGUGUCCUUCGGGAUCCCGGGCCUCACCCAGGUGGUCCAGACCCUGCCUGACGCUGGAAGCGCUGCUGCCGUCGGGGUAGGCAUCGGCGUCGGCGGGGCGGCAACCAUUUUCCCCGGGUCGGCGCAGAGUGCGGCGGGUAACCCUGGCAACGCCACGGCCGACAUGCUGGGGUCGGUUCUGGCCCAGCAGGGGCUCCAGCUGCAGCCGCAGGUGAUGAACAAAACCAUCAGCGUCCAGCCAUUCAUGCAGCCGGUCGGCCUCGGCAACGUGACGCUUCAGCCCAUUUCCAGCCUCCAGGCCCUUUCCAACGGGAGCCAGUCGGGACCGUUGGGUAUCGGACAGAUUCAGGUUGUGGGCCAGCCAACGGUCAUGACCAUCAACCAGUCGGGGCAGCAGAUCCUGGCCAAAGCCAUGGGUGGGUACCAGGAGGUGUCCGCUGCUGGCUCUCAGGCCGGUCUGGGCCUGAUCCAGGGUAACAAAGCCACGGUCGGCGCUCCAGCUUUAAACGGACCGGCUGUUUCUGUCAGCAGCACGAGCAGCAUCGGCGCCGCCACCAUGAGCGCCCCCGCUGGGCUCGUGGGCUUCGGAGGAGGAGUGGGGCCGCCGACACAAACUCAAGCCCAGAUCAUGCAGAACGUGAUCAUCCAGCGCACGCCGACACCCAUUCAGCCCAAACCCCCACAGGGGGGCACCAUCCAGCCGAAAGUCUUCAAACCGCAGCAGCCGCCGCCGCCGCAGGCAGCGCCCCAGGCUCAGCAGAAUGACACACACAAAGCGCUUGGGCUGCAGCAGAUUCCAGUUUCUGCUGCCCAGAACGUCGCCUUCCUGGCGGGAAAGCCCGGUUCUAAUGUUGUCCUGAGCACCCAAGCCGCCUCUCAGGGCCCGCAGUUCCAGCAGGCCCUGUUCAAGCAGCAAGCGGCGCCGCCUUCUGGGAAGCCCCUCAGCGUGCAUCUGUUGAACCAGCAGGGCAGCAUCGUCAUCCCGUCCCAGACAGUCCUGCAGAGCCAGAACCACCAGUUCCUGCUGCCCCAGCUGCAGGCCGGAGGCCAGAUUCUGACCCAACACCCGGGUGGCCACAUCAUCACAAGCCAGGGCCCCGGCGGACAGCUCAUCGCCAAUCAGAUCCUAACCGCCAACCAGAACAUCAAUCUGGGUCAGGUGUUAACGUCGCAGGGCCACCCCGGCGCCACCCACAUCCUGUCCGGACCCAUUCAGCUCCAGCCCGGUCAGAUGGGCACGCCGACGCUUUUUCAGAUGCCGGUUGCAUCUUUGGCUCAGAGUCAAAGCCAGACGCAGACGCCGGCCGCCUCGGGCCACGCCCAGACGGUGAUCCAGGGCCUCCAGAACUCCUUGACCAUGGUGGGUCAGGUGGAGGGGCUGAGCCCGGCCAUCAGUCUGCAGACCACCCUGCAGGCCCAGCCGGGCGCCGUGCCCAGCGCCGCAGGAGGCCAGACCGCGGAGGCUGCUGUUACCGUGCUGGGAGGCUCCACAGAACCAGCGCCGCAGCUUUUACCGCAGUCGUCGCUCCUCGCCGUGCAGCCUGCAUCAUCUGCUGCUGUUUCCUCCUCUCCGUCCAUGUCUGUCUCAACGUCGUCCUCCGUGACGGCCGUGGGGCUGGUCCCCCCGCAGGCUCAGAGCAGCCCAGGGAGGCUGCUGUUCACCAACCAGGGGUCGAGCAUGAUCCUGAGCCAGGAGUCACUUCAGAUGUUCCUCCAGCAGGAGCAGCGCCACCAAACAGAGAAUGAGUCAACCCAAUCAGUGGGCGUCCCAGCGUCUGUAAUCGUCAGCAGCAACAGCGUCACUACUGCGGCCCCUGCUGUCCAUGACAGCCAGUUAACUGACUCCUGGCUGGGUCAGAGCCACAGCCCUUCCCCUGGCCCCUCCCACAUGACAGCAGUGGUAAAGGUUCCCUCUGGUGGAACUCAGCAGGCUCUGAAGAUCCAGGGCAUGUCCUCCUCGCCGGCGUUGACCUCCCACGCCACGACACCUCCGGUGGCGGAAAGCCCGCAGCCUUCCCAGUCUCCUCUGACUCUGAGCCAGCAGAUCCAGUCGCCUCACCAUCAACAGCCGCCACAGUCGCGCCCUUCUUCUCAGCCUCAGCCGCAGACUCCCUCGCGCUCCUGCACGCCGUCAUCUCACACCCAGCUCUUCAUCGUCCACAACCAGAUCGCAGAAUCUCCCAAACCCGCUGCCACCUCCGCCACGCAGGCUCAGCUGCAGCAGACGCCGCCCCAGCAGGUGCACGUUCAGGUCCAGCACCAACCUCUGCCUAGACCAGCCUCGCAGCCCACGCCCUACCAGCAGGAAAUGCCUCCCAUGUCGCAGUCGCCUAAGCCUCUUCCUGUUGCUGCUGCUGCUGCUCCACCUGCGCUGCACCAGUUUGCCGCGCCUCCUGUUAGCGCCUGCGCUCCAGCCGUAGUGAAAGCCCAAGCUCCCCUCCAGGGCCUCACAGCUGGGCAGCAGCAUCACCUGCAGUUAGUAGGAGCACAAAUCCAGACUCUGUCCUCCAUCACUCAGCCCUCGCCUCAGCAUAAACAGCUGCUGGAGAAGCUGCAGCAGGUCAAGCAGAACAUCAUGCUACAAGCAAAGCCUCAGCCUCAAGCCACGAGUCAGUUUAAUUCGCAGCAAGACGUGCCUGUUGACAAGGUGGUGAUGACAUCAUCAGCGAGCGCUGACGCACCUGCUCAGCUUCCCACGAUGCUGCAGCCGACCUCGGUGCUCGUCAAAACCGCCGCCACAGGAUCAAGUGACUUACAGGUAUUCUCAGGAGCCCAAGGGCAAGCUGCAGCAGCAACGGGGAAUCAGACGGUCACUCUUGCCAGCCUUACCCAGCCUGCACAGGUUCAGCCAAAGCCAGGAGUGAUCAGCUCGGUGGGGGGGAUGACUCUGGGAAAAGCAGCGAUGAAGAUCCAGGUGUUGGGGCCCGCUCUGACUCAGAUGCCGGUUCCGCAGCCGCAGCCUCCUCUGCAGACUCAGCUCACAUCACAGACGCCACCAGUAAAAAUGCCUUUAAGCACCGAGCCCAGUAAAGAAGCCAGGAUGCUGGAGCAGCUAAGAAAACAUCAGGGUUCAGUGCUUCACCCCAACUACAGCGCUCCUUUCCACUCGUUUGACGACACUCUGCACAGACUGGUGCCUUACCAUCUCUACCAGGGAACUGCCAACUCCUCUCAAGACUAUCAGAGAGUGGAUGAUGAGUUUGAGAGAGUCUCCUGCCAGCUGCUAAAGCGAACCCAGGCCAUGCUGGAUAAAUAUCGGUACCUGCUCUUCACAGAGUCAAAACAGAGACUGGGCCCGUCGGCAGAGAUGGUGAUGAUCGACCGGAUGUUCAUCCAGGAGGAAAAGGUCGCCCUGAACCAGGACAGGAUUCUGGCCAAGGAGAGACCGGAGGAGUUUGCAGCGACCGUGCGGAUGCUGGAGAGCGGCGUUCCAUCCCAGCCAAAACCAGCGCCUCCGGAUCUGCCGUCAGCGAGUCCGGCGGCCUCCUCCGCUGCUCCUGCUCUGAUACCGUCUCCCGCUCCUCUCCUCAAGGUCACUCCAACUCCUCCUCCUGCUCCUGCUGCUCCUGCGUCUCCCACGCCUCCUCCCGCCCCCACCACUCCUUCCAGUUCCCCCUUCCCUCCCACCAAGCUGGUCAUAAAGCACGGCGGCGGCAGCGCCUCCGUCUCCUGGUCCAGCAGCUGUCCUCCGGCGCCGCCGGCCAAGCCGGUCACUCCGGCGGCGCCCUCCUCUUCGUCGUCGUCGCUAAAUUCCCAGUCGGCGGCGGAUGACGACGACGCUCUUCCACAGCGAACCAGCAAGCCGCCCAUCAAGACGUACGAGGCGCGCAGCCGGAUCGGCCUGAAGCUGAAGAUCAAGCAGGACCAGACCGGGUUCAGCAAGGUGGUCCACAACACCGCGCUGGAUCCCGUCCACGCCCCCCAACCUCGCUCCACCCUGGAGCCGCCGCCGGAGCCCUCAAAGUCCCAGCACCUAGCCACGCCCCCCAGCACCGUCAUCAGGACUCAGUCCCCGACGGCGUCGGUCACGCCCACUCAGAGCAACCUCAGAAACGCUCCUCCGUCGUCGUCAACAACAACGCAGAUGAACGGCUCGUUGGACCACCACCCGGUCAAACACAACCCGGCGGCGUCACAAACCACCUGCCGCCUGCCGCUUAGAAAGACCUACAGGGAGAACAUCAGUCCCCGGGUCCGGCCCGGCGUCCCCGGCGGACUGGACGAAAACUUUUCCUACCCCAUCACCACGCCGUCGCCGCCGCGGCACGAGGCGUCCACCCCGCCAUCAGAACGGACCGUCAUAGCGAGCGUACGGGUGGAGAAGCGAGACAGGGAGGCGGACCCGAGUCUUGAAGGCGGACGCUUGGGGAACACGAUGGACAAAAUGAACGAGGUGUUCAACCGGAGCGUGAAGACGGCGACCCACCACCAUCUUUCUCUGCUGCUGGAUCGGGAGGCAGCGAAGGAGAGGGAGGACGAGCACACAGACCAAGACGCUGACAAGUACAAACGGUUCAGCGGGAAAAACAAACACAGGACUGGCGGGACGUUCAGAAUGGACCAGCACGCGCCCGGACCGCCGUCCCCGGAGUCAUCGUUCGCCCGAGACUCUCUGCUUCCCGCCAAACGCUGCAAGUCGGACUCGCCCGACAUGGACAACGCCAGCUUCUCCAGCGGCAGCCCGCCAGACGACUCGCUCAACGAGCAUCUGCAGUGCGCCAUCGACAGCAUCCUCAACCUGCAGCAGGAGCCCGCCGUGCGCGGACACCAUGUCCGGGCCGGCGCCGGCGGCAGGACGCACCAACACCAAAGUCAACGCCCGGGAGACUCGGCGGUCUCCACACACAGAGCUCCGCCCCCUACGGCGCCGUCCGCUCCGUCAUCAUCCUCCUCGCUGGGCCCUCAGGUCGGAGGGCGGGGCCACAACGGCAGCCUGGUCCCCCAGACUCAGAGCAGAUAACAGGCCCUCAACCCCAGGCUGGACUGACCGGGGUGACGCUGCAAAAGGGGAGAGACAGGGGGCGCUGCACUGCAGAAAACACUCAAUCUGACCACUUUUAGUCCAGUUUCUGCUGCAGUUCACUUUAAAUAAGAUAAAACCAACUCACAAGUAACUUUCCAGCAAGAUAUUGGAGCUUGU